AUGAAGGUUCUGCUCAUGUCUCUGCUGGGGUUUAAUCUGGUCGUGGUCAUGGGACACUGGUGUGUGCGUGUGCUGGAGGAGAAGGUGGAGAGGUUGAUCUCCCCCCAUGUUCAGCGUGAGGUGGAAUGUUCCGCCGUCUAUCAGUUCAACACUCAGGGCUGGAGGCUGGAUGUGGAGCGAAUGAGGCAUGAACACGGAGGAGACGACGGCAUCGCACUUUAUUACAAGAGACAGGGACCUAGAGCCUCCUGUUACAUAUUCAAACCUCCAGACAUUGAGACAGAGACAGUGAACCGGACGGUCAGACAGUGUUGUGAAGGCUGGGCCGGACCUGACUGCUCACAGGGGGUUGGUGCCCGGGGUCAUUGUUUCUCGACCUGGACGUGUGAGGAGUUUCCCGGUCUUCAUAACACGUCUCUCAUGGCUCUGGAGCAGUGCUGCAGUAACCUGUGGGGCUUAAGCUGGAGAAACGUGUCCGAUCAGACCUGUCUGUCCUGCACCUACACGCUCCUGCCAGACGUCAGCUCUUCUCCUAUGGUCCGCGGAGGGCUGUUUCGCGGUGUUCGUGACCCGCAGGCGUCUGGCACCUGUAUGAGCUGGGGCGGGACACACUACCGCACCUUUGACCGGAAACACUUCCACUUCCAGGGCAGCUGCACGUACCUGCUGGCCUCAUCCGCUGACGGGACGUGGGCCGUGUAUAUGAGCACCGAGUGUGAUCCUGCGGGACACUGCUGGAAGGGACUGCGGUUGAUGUUGGGUCUUGGCUUGGUGUCCAUACAUAAAGCCAAUAUGACUGUUAAUGGUUUAACACUAUCGCAGGGUGAACCUCUCUUCCAAAACGGAGUCAGCGUUCACUGGUUGGGUGACUUUGUGUUUGUGGAGAGUGGUUUGGGUGUCAGACUGAAGUUUGACAUGGAGAACACCAUCUAUCUGACCGUUACCGCUGAACACCUCGCUGCCACCAGGGGGCUUUGCGGAGUUUAUAACAACAACCCAGAUGAUGACUUCACCACCAGCGGUGGAAGUGUGUCUCAGUAUGCCGCCAGCUUUGGAAACUCGUGGCGUGUUCAAGAUCAGCAAGGCCAGGUGUGUAGUGAUGCAGCAGAGCUGGGUCACAGCUGUGAUCUGUCCAGUGACGUCUCUCUCCGGCGGGACGCAGAAACAGCCUGCCACCAUCUCAAAGAGAGUCCGUUCUCACACUGCCAUCACCAGGUGGAUCCCGGGCCGUAUAUCGACACGUGUCUGUAUCUGUACUGCAGUGUGGAUGUGAGGGACAGAGAUACAGCAGUGUGCGACACGUUAGCCAGCUACGUGCGUGAGUGUGCGCAACAACACGUCAUCAUCCGCUGGAGGAGCGCCGGCUUCUGUGAGCGUGUUUGUCCGAGCGGUCAGGUGUUCUCCGACUGCGUGUCGUCUUGUCCCCCCACCUGCUCGUCUCCUCGUCCUCCGGCGUCGGGUCAGUGUCGGGACGAGUGUGUGGGGGGGUGUGAGUGUCCCCCGGGUCUGUACCUGCACGCGGGUCAGUGUCUGCGACGGGACGACUGUCCCUGCUUCCACAGACGCCACAGCUACAGCGCAGGAGACGCCAUCCGACAGCGCUGCAACACCUGUGUGUGUCGCGCCGGUCAGUGGGAAUGUUCUGGAGAGAAGUGUGAGGCUCAGUGUGCUGUGAUCGGAGCGAUGCACAUCACAACCUUCGAUCAGAAGAGAUACGGCCUGCAGGCCGGCGACUGCCGCUUCACAGCCGUGGAGGAUUUUGUGGAUAAAAAGCUCUCGGUCAGCAUCAGUGCAGGACCGUGUGCAGGAGGAGCUGCUGGAUGUCUGAGAGAAAUGACGGUCACUGCGCUUCAUACGACAGUCACUGUCACAGAUACAGGUUCGGUGAUGGUGAACGGUCAGCGGGAGCUGCUGCCGGUGAUCACAGGAGAUCUGAUGGUCAGAAAAGCUUCAUCCAGUGUUCUGCUGAUCCAGGCGUUUGGAGCUCAGAUGAUGUGGCAUCUGGACGGACCUCUGCUCCUCAUCACCCUACAGCCAGGAUUCGCUCAUAAGGUUCGUGGUUUAUGUGGCACUCUGACCUGGAGUCAGCGUGAUGAUUUCACCACACCUGAAGGUGACGUGGAGAACAGCGUGGCCUCUUUUGUUGCCAAGUUCAGAACAGGAUCAUGCCCUCUGCCCUCAGCGGUGACCUCUGACCCCUGCGCGUCACACACUCAGCACAGACAGUACGCAGAGAGUGUGUGCUCUGUGAUUCACAGCGCUGUGUUUCAGGCGUGUCAUGAUGUGGUGGACAGAGAGCCGUACAUGCGUCUGUGUCUCAGUGAAGUGUGCAGCUGCGGCCCGCACAGCUCCUGUCAGUGCACCGUCCUCACCGCCUUCGCCCGGCACUGCGCCCAAGAGGGGGUGCCGGUCAGCUGGAGAAACCGCACAUUCUGCUCGGUGCAGUGCUCUGGAGGGCAGGUGUAUCAGGAGUGCGGGCGUCUGUGUGGGACGUCCUGUGCUGAUCUGUGGGACGGCUGGAGCUGUGAGGAGCAGGAGGGCAGCAGGACCUGUGUGCCAGGGUGUCAGUGUCCGGAUGGACUGGCUCAGGACGAUCAGGGUCAGUGUGUGCCGGUGGACAUGUGUCCCUGCAGACACGCAGACGCGCUCCAUCCCGCGGGUAGCACCGUACACAAGAACUGCAACCGCUGUGUUUGUGCGCGCGGCGUGUGGAACUGCACGGAUCUCUCGUGUCCUGAGGUCAAUCAGUGUCCAGGCUCUCUGAUCUUCUCUCCUCGAUCGUGUCUGAGGACCUGCUCCAGUCCGAACUCUCCUCUGGACGCGUGUGCUGACCCCAUCCACGGCUGCGUCUGUCCUGAGGGAACCGUGCUGCUGGGGGAUCAGUGUGUAAAGCCAGACGAGUGUCCGUGUCACCACAACGGCAGACUUUAUUUCACCAAUGACUCCAUUUCUAAAGACUGCAACACUUGUGUGUGUCGUGAGCAGCGCUGGCACUGCGGUCAGUCGUUGUGUUCUGGCACCUGCGUGGCCACCGGUGACCCUCACUACAUCACGUUUGACGGCCGAUAUUACUCUUUCCUGGGCGACUGUGAGUACGUUCUGGCGCAGGAGAGCAGCGGUUUGUUCAGCGUCAGCGCCGAGAACGUGCCCUGCGGCAGUACAGGAGUCACCUGCACCAAAUCUGUCACUCUGACCGUGGGAAACACGGCCAUACACCUGCUCAGAGGUAAAGCUGUGACGGUCAACGGGGUUCCAGUGACUCUUCCAAAGUUGUAUUCAGGCAGUGGUUUGAUUCUGGAGCGGGUCGGGCUAUUUGUGUCCCUCUCGUCUCGACUCGGAGUCACUCUGCUCUGGGAUGGAGGAAUGCGUGUUUACGUCCGGCUGAUGCCUCAUUUACGUGGCCGAGUCGGAGGAUUGUGUGGAAAUUUUGAUGGAGAUGCAGAGAACGACUUCACUACGAGACAAAGCAUCAUGGAGUCCACCCCAGAACUGUUUGGAAACUCCUGGAAGAUCAGCCCGUCAUGCCCUGACGUCUCAGACCAGGAUCUCCGUGACCCCUGUGUUAUCAACCCUCACCGGGUGACGUGGGCCAAAAAGAAGUGUGCGGUGAUCAAUCAGGAGAUCUUCAGCUCGUGUCACUCAGAAGUGCCGUUCCAGCAGUACUACGACUGGUGUGUCUUUGACGCCUGCGGGUGUGACUCAGGCGGUGACUGUGAGUGUUUGUGUACGGCUGUAGCUGCGUAUGCUGAAGAGUGUAACCGCAGAGGAGCGUAUGUGCGCUGGAGGUCACAGGAACUCUGCCCGCUGCAGUGUGAGAACGGUUUGGUUUAUGAGGCCUGCGGUCCUGCCUGUUCUCCAGCGUGUCCCGGCACUCCUUCUGUCUCUGAUCCCCUCUGCAGCGCCCUCUCUUGUGUGGAGGGAUGUUUCUGUCCUCACGGCACUGUGAGACACGGUGACGCCUGUAUUCCUCCGUCUCAGUGUCCGUGUGAGUGGGACGGAUCUUUAUUUCCAGCAGUAGCGACUGUCACUCAACACUGUCAGAACUGCUCUUGUUCUGAUGGUCUGUGGCGUUGUGUUGGAUCUCCAUGUCCUCCUCCGUCUCCCUGUGAGGACUCAGAGUUCCUGUGCUCCGGCGGCUCUCAGCGCUGUAUUCCUGCCGUCUGGCUCUGUGAUAAUGAGGACGACUGCGGCGACGGUUCGGAUGAGGUCUGUCCCUCCACCUGUCCUCCGGAUCAGUUCCGCUGCUCCGGUGGGGCCUGUUUACCGCUGGAGCUCAGGUGUAAUGGUCAUCCCGACUGCGCCGACCAAUCGGACGAGGACUUCUGUGCCCCGACCUCACCAGAACCUGGCUGUCCGGCCGGAGAGUUCAGGUGUGCGAGCGGACGCUGUCUGCCAGCGCAUAAAGUCUGUGACGGGAGGCUGGAUUGUGGAUUUGCUGAUGAUUCUGAUGAACACGACUGUGGCGUGUUGUGCAGACAGGACGAGUUCCGCUGUUCAUCGGGCCGGUGCGUUCUGUUCCUCCACCGCUGUGACGGUCACGAUGACUGCGGGGACUACAGCGAUGAGAGAGGGUGUGUGUGUGCCAUCGGAGAGCUGCAGUGUCCUGGAGAUCAGUGUGUGUCUGCAGAGAGAGUGUGUGACGGUCACAGGGACUGUCCGUCCGGCAUCGAUGAGCUCAUCUGUCCUGUCAAAGGAUGCAGUCAGUUUGAGUUCGGCUGCACUAGCGGUCAGUGUGUGCCGUUAGCGUGGCGCUGUGAUGGCGAGACGGACUGUCUGGACGGGAGCGAUGAGAAACACUGUUCCCGCACAUGUCAGUCUGACCAGUUCCUCUGUCAGACCGGAGACCAGUGCAUCCAACACCAGCAGCUGUGUGACGGGACGCCCCACUGCAGAGACGCCUCAGACGAGAGCGUGGACAACUGCGAUAAAGUCAGUCCCUCCACAGCGCCACCUAGUGAGGGAAACACCAGCCGUGUCUGUCCAGAGUUCACCUGUGCUGAUGGAUCCUGUGUGCCCUUCAAUGUGUUGUGUAACGGUGCAGCAGACUGUCCCGCAGACGUCUCAGACGAGAUGGGCUGUGGUGUCUGGGGUCCCUGGAGCUCCUGGAGCCCCUGCAGCCGAAGCUGUGGAUCAGGAACCAUGAGCCGACAGAGACGCUGCAGCCGCGAGGAUUCAGACGGACCCUGCAGAGGAGAGAAAACACAACGACAGCAGUGCUACUCCACCGCCUGCCCCGUCGAUGGCUACUGGCUGCCGUGGGUCACGUGGUCGAACUGCAGUAAAGGUUGUGGCGGUGUUGAAGUCCGUCAGAGAGAGUGUUUUCCACCGCAGAACGGAGGCAGAACCUGUGCAGAACUACCUGGAGAAACUAACCUGACUACAGACAUCAGGCCGUGUCCUCAGGACGACUGCGCUAACGUCUCCUGUCCUGCGGGCCUUGUCAGACACAACUGUGCGCCGUGCCCUUUGACCUGCGCUCACGUAUCCGGGGCAACCACAUGUGACAACAACUCCAGGUGUUUCACAGGCUGCUGGUGUCCUGAUGGGAAGGUCAUGAAUCAUGAGCAGCGGUGUGUCCGGCCGGAGGAGUGUGUGUGUGAGGUGUCUGGGGUUCGAUACUGGCCCGGUCAGCAGGUCAAAGUGGGCUGUGACGUCUGUGUGUGUGAGCGAGGACAAGCCCAGCGCUGUCACACCAACCCAGAGUGCUCAGUUCACUGUGGCUGGUCAUCCUGGUCCCAGUGGGGCGAGUGUUUGGGUCCAUGUGGACUCCAGAGCGUCCAGUGGUCUUUCCGCAGCCCGAAUAACCCUUUAAAACACGGCAACGGCCGACAGUGCCGAGGAAUUUACCGGAAAGCUCGGCGCUGUCAGACCGAGCCGUGCAGCGAGUGUGAAUAUCAUGGACACACACAUGCGGUGGGCGAGCGCUGGAAAGGCGGUCAGUGUCAGAUGUGCCAGUGUUUGCCUGACCUCACGGUGCAGUGCGUCCCGUACUGUCCUUACGCUGCCACUGGAUGCCCACAGGUGUGUGUGUAAAUCUGUAUUGUUGUGUUGUCAGGUAAUGGCAGCACUAUCAUGACUACUACACCAAUGAUCCUGCCAUUAACACUCAGGCCCUCCACACCACCAGAGGGCCCUCCGACCGUCCCGACAUACCCUCUGCCACCCGCAGAUGAGUGUUGGUCCGCUCUGGGCGUUCAGUCGCUCCCCGCCAGCAGCUUCAGCGCCUCGUCCCAUCAGCCCGGUCACCCUCCGUCAGCGGGACGUCUUCACGCUCGGGACCCCCACAGCGACCUGCAGGGCUGGAGCCCGGAGCCAGAGGAGUACAGAGAGCUCCCGGCCGGGACCCCUGAGGAACACAGACACUCGUCACGCGGGCCGUACCUCCAGAUAGACCUGCUCAGACACUACAACAUCACAGGCGUGUUGACGCAGGGUGGUGGCGUGUUUGACACGUUUGUUUCCAGCUUCUAUCUUCAGUUCAGCAGCGACGGACGUCAGUGGUUCACAUAUAAAGAGCUGAUCACAGACGCCAGACCCAAAGCUAAGGUGUUUCAGGGAAACAGUGAUGACCGUGGCGUAGCUUUGGCCCGUCUGGACCGGAUGGUGUCGGCUCACUUUGUACGAAUUCUGCCUCAUGAUUUUCAGAAUGGAAUCUAUCUGAGAGUCGAAGUCAUGGGCUGUGCUGACGGAACUCGUCCCGCUCCUACCAGAAGGCCCGCGGUCUGCCCAUCGGGUCAGUUCUCCUGUCCUCCUCCAGGAGGCUGCAUUGAGGCGCAGCGCCGCUGUGAUGGAGUUCCUCACUGUCCUGAUGGAGCGGAUGAGAGAGACUGUUCACACACAAAUAUUACCCACGUCACCCCCACCGCCGCCCCUCUCAGGACGCCCAGCAAGAAACCUGUGACCACUCCGAGUGCCGACCACCACUAUGAGUUGGUCACCCCUAGCAGUGAAGUGACCACAGCGCCACCUGGUGUACCAGGAUUACAGACCCUCACCGGACCAACAGGAGGCCCUGGUCACUAUAACUACACCUCUGGACGUCCCGGACUUCACACCAAGAGUCCACAGGACGGCAGCCCUGGAGUGGCUCCGCCGACCCACAUCACAACAGCGCCACCUGCUGUCGGUCCGACGGGAGAACCGGGCGUUCAUAUUCUGACACCGACACCCUACUUCAACACGACAGGACUCUGGGAAACAUCUACACCCUCUGAUGAUGGUUUACCCAGAAUUGUGUGCGUGGAAGGACAGUUUGCCUGCAGGACGUUCGGUUGUGUGGAAGCUGCUCUUGUGUGUGACGGCCGUGAGGACUGUCCCGACGGAUCCGAUGAAGAUCGCUGUGGUACAAACAAAACAUUUCACUAAUCUCUGUCCUCAGGGUCCGUCACACCCUCUCAGCGCCCCCCGCUGCCCAAAUUGUGCUCCGACAAACAGUUCAGCUGCUGGAGCGGCGAGUGUGUGAGUUUGGAUAAGAGAUGUGACCUGCGCAGAGACUGUGCUGACGGCUCGGACGAGAGCGACUGCUUCGACUGUAUUCUGUCUCCCUGGACGUCCUGGAGUCAGUGCAGUGUGUCGUGUGGUCUGGGGUCACUUUUCCGCCAGAGGAACAUCCUGAGAGACGCCCGGCCGGGCGGAUCCUGCGGCGGCGCACAGUUCGACAGCCGCGCGUGUUUCCUGCAGGCCUGUCCUGUGGACGGUCAGUGGUCGGAGUGGACGCAGUGGUCCGGUUGUGACGUCCCGUGUGGUGGAGGACUGAUGGUGAGGAACAGGACCUGCUCGAACCCUCCUCCCAAAAACGGUGGGAGAGACUGUGAGGGGAUGAGCAGACAAACACACACGUGUAACACACAGACCUGCGACCCGGACACAGACACACAGAGAGGCUGCACUGGAGGAAUGAUCCUGGUGGACGAGUCGGAUUGUUUGGCUGGAAAAAUCGACCCGUGUCCCGUUACCUGCUCUGACCUCCAUUCUGAGAGGAACUGCACCAUAAACUGCACUACAGGAUGUCGUUGUCCUCAUGGGCUCUUCCUGCAAGACGGCCGUUGUGUCAAUGCCAGCAAAUGUGAGUGUUUAUGGGAGGGUUCGGUCAUCCAGCCUGGACAGGAAGUCAGUAACGGCAGCUGCAGCACAUGUGUGUGUAAAGAAGGGCGUGUCACCUGUGAUGAAUCCAGCUGUGUCGCUCGCUGUGAUUGGUCGGCCUGGUCUUCAUGGACGUCAUGUGAUAGCAGCUGUGGGACAGGAAUACAGCACCGUUACAGAUCUCCUCUGAGUCCAGUGGGAGCGGUGCAUGUGGAGCCGUGUGAAGGAGACUCGACUGAAGCCCGUCGGUGCUACACGUCCUGCUCAGAGGGUCCUGACGGAGAGUCGUGGAGCGAGUGGACGCUGUGGUCCGAGUGCAGUAAGACGUGUUUUCAUCAUGUGGACGCUGUGGGACUGAGGCGGCGCUUCAGAAGCUGUAAUCACACACAAACCAGCACCUCCUGUGGAGGAGACGCGGAAGAACACGAGCCGUGCAACACCAUCCACUGCCCCGUGAACGGCGGCUGGUCGUCCUGGUCGAGCUGGUCUGUCUGUUCGUCUGAGUGUGACUCUGGUGUUCAGACGAGAGAGCGCUUCUGCAGUUCUCCUCCGCCGCUGUACGGAGGCCUCGGCUGUCCCGGGCCGCACAUACAGACACGAGACUGCAACGUCCAGCCCUGCUCUGGUGUGUGUCCGGACGGCAUGAGCUUCCUGUCUAAGGCUCAGUGCGAGGCUCAGGGCGGCGCAUGUCCGCGAGUGUGUCUGGAUGCCACGGCGGAUGUGGAGUGUGCCACCGAGUGUUAUGAUGGCUGUUACUGUUCUCCUGGUUUCUAUCUGUUCAAUAACACCUGUGUGCCUCUCCACCGCUGCCCGUGUUAUCAUAAGGGGGCGCUGUACAUGCAGGGAGACAGCGUGCCCAACGACAGCUGUAACAACUGCACGUGUGUUAAUGGAGAGAUGCAGUGUGGAACAGCGCCCUGCCCUGUGGAUUGUGGGUGGAGUGAGUGGACGGCGUGGAGCGCAUGCAGUCGCACAUGUGACGUGGGCAUCAGACGCCGCUAUCGUUCAGGAACCAAUCCAGCGCCAGCGUUUGGUGGCCGUGCCUGUGAGGGCGAGCGCAUCGGCCUGGACACGUGCAGCAUUACACCUUGUUUCGGAGUGAAGGGCCCGUGGAGCCCGUGGUCCGAGUGUUCAGUUCCCUGCGGCGGAGGAUACAGGAGCAGAACCAGAGGUCCGGUCAGGACUCACGGGACGCCUCAGCAGUUCAGCGCCUGUAACCUGCAGCCCUGCGGGAACGGAAGCGCUUGUACAGACGGUCAGGAGUGGGUCGAGUGUGUGAGAGAGGAGCUGCUGUGUUCAGAUUUGGGGAUGGAGGUCCAGAGAAACACCAGCUGUCUGCCCGGGUGCCAGUGUCCUGACGGGUCGGCUCUACAGGAUGGCGAGUGUGUGUCUCUGUCGCUCUGUCGCUGUCAUGUUGAUGGAGAGCAGUACAAACCCGGAGCCACAGUCACCAAAAACUGCAACAACUGCACAUGUGAAUCAGGAAAGCUGGUGAACUGUAUGAGUGUGGCGUGUGACGUGGAUGGUGGCUGGUCGUCCUGGACUCCAUGGAGUGUGUGUUCUGUGACGUGUGGCGCUGGUCUGCAGUCGCGCUAUCGUUUCUGUUCGGAUCCGGAGCGAGCUGGGAACGGACUGCCCUGUGUGGGACCGGACCGAGAGGACAGAGUGUGCGCUUCAACACCCUGCAGCCGAGACGGAGGCUGGAGUGACUGGUCGUCCUGGACAGACUGCAGUAAGUCGUGCGGUGGAGGAGUGAGGAGCCGCAGACGGGACUGUGAUCGGCCCUUCAGAGGAGGAGACGGAGACUAUUGUGAAGGACUGGGAACUGAAGUCAUCCUGUGUAACACGCACCACUGUCCAGUGUCGUCGUGUUCACAUGUGCCAGGAAGUGUGUUUAGUGCCUGCGGACCCUCGUGUCCACGAUCAUGUGACGACCUCACUUACUGCGAGUGGCGCUGUGAGCCGGGCUGUUACUGCACAGAUGGUAAAGUUCUGGACUCAAAUGGGACGGAGUGUGUGGAGCGGGACACCUGUCCCUGUCUGGACCUGCACACAGGACGACGGGUCCGUCCCGGAGAGACCGUCCCGACUCCAGACGCCUGCAACAACUGCACCUGUGAGGGAGGGAGACUCACCUGCGGUGAACAGCCGUGUCCAGUGGAUGGAGGCUGGUGUCAGUGGUCCGAAUGGACGCCCUGCUCAAAGACCUGCGGGAUGGAGUGGGUUUCCCGAUACAGGAGCUGCGCCUGUCCUGAACCCAGAUCAGGAGGAGCGCCGUGUCCAGACCAGCAGGAGGAACACGCCGGACUGGGAGUCCAGAUCCAGAGACAGCCGUGCCCAUCCGUCUCCUUCUGCCCCGUCCAUGGCUCAUGGGGCUCCUGGAGCUCGUGGUCAGACUGUGACGCGUGUGCCGGUGUGUCUGUCAGACAGAGGGAGUGUAACAGUCCUCCGGCGCGGUUCGGCGGUCUGUCCUGCCUCGGAGAGAGUCGACAGAGCCGCGGCUGUCAUGAUAACUUCACCGUCUGCUCGGACUGUGGAGGAGGACAGGAGCAGUGGCCCUGUGGGAAGCCCUGUCCGCGCUCCUGCUCUGAUCUGCACGGAGACACAGAGUGUGUGGAUUCUCCGGGAUGCAGCUCGACCUGCGGGUGUCCAGGAGACAUGCUGCUGCAGGACGGCCUGUGUGUGGACAGAGAGCUGUGCCGCUGUAAAUAUAACAACGUCAGCGCAGGAAUAGACACAGGCAAUGUUUCCUGGUCUUGGCCGGAUCCAUCCGACUGGCAUCAUGUGGCUCCAGGAGAGACCAUCAGCACUAACUGUCAGAACUGCACCUGUGAAGCAGGUGUCCUGCAGUGUGACUCCGUGCCUGGUUGCCAUGUCGACGGCAGCUGGGGCCAAUGGGCUCCCUGGUCUGAAUGCUCUGCCCAGUGUGGAGGCGGGGCUAAGAUCCGGACACGUGAGUGUGAUAACCCCGCCCCUCAAAGCGGCGGCAGAGAGUGUGUGGGAUCCGGCCGACAGCAGAAAGCCUGCAACACUCACAGCUGCACAGACUCCGGUCCGUGGUUCGACUGGUCAGCGUGGUCAGCCUGCACUGUCAGCUGUGGAGGAGGGACUCAGAGCCGUAGCCGAUCCUGCCGGACGCCGCCGUGUUCGGGGAUGAGACGCCAGAGCAAGACCUGUAACACACAAGUGUGUCUGGAGGUGGGCUGUCCUCCCGGCCGUCUCUAUCGGGAGUGUGAGCGCGGUGAAGGCUGUCCGUUCAGUUGUUCUCAGGUCAGAGGUCACGAGGGCUGUUAUUCUGAGGGCUGUGAGGAGGGCUGCCACUGUCCGCUCAACACUUACCAACACAACGGAUCCUGCGUUUAUGAGUGUCCAUGUUUGGUGGACACUGACUUCCUGACCUCUUUACAAAGCGUGUCAGCGACCCCUGACCUGACCCCUGACCUCCAGAACAUCACACUGGGGUCCGAGCUGAUGUCUGGAGAGGAGCUGAUGCAUGAAUGCAGUUCCUGCUCGUGUGAAAACGGACUGUGGAACUGCUCUCUGGUUCCGUGUCCCCGUGAUGGAGGUCUGUCUCCUUGGGGCCCCUGGGGCCCCUGUUCACUCAGCUGUGGGGGCCUCGGCCAGAAGAGUCGCAGCAGAAGCUGUAACCUGCCCAGUCCAGCUCACGGGGGCCGAGACUGUGAUGGGCCCCUGCUGGACACGGCCUACUGCCAGACACCCGACUGCUCACUGGUAACACUUCCGACAGAGGAACCAUCUUUACCAGACGAGGAUGCUGGUUUCUCCCAGUGGACGGCGUGGACUCCGUGCUCCAGAAGCUGCAGUGAUCCGGCUUCUCCUGCUCUGAAGGUCCGUACGAGGGAGUGUGUUCGUGAACGCUGCUCCGGAGAAACCCGACAGGAGCGAGUCUGUAACCUGCCUCAGUGUCCCGAUGGUGGUGUGUGUCCGGGCCAUGAAUGCGCUCACAGGAACUGCUCCUGGAUGAAGUGGGGCGAGUGGAGCCCCUGCUCUCGCUCCUGCGGCGUGGGACAGCAGCAGCGCGUCCGCACCUUCCUCGCCCCGGGCGUCAACGGGACCUGGUGUCAGGACAUCCUGGGCGGCAAUGUGGAAAACCGCUUCUGUAAUAUUCAGGCCUGCCGCGUGGACGGAGGCUGGUCUCGCUGGAGCUCUUGGUCCCGCUGUGAUAAAGCCUGCGGCGGAGGACGCUCCAUCAGGACCCGCUCGUGUUCCAGUCCUCCACCCAAAAACGGAGGCCGCAAAUGUACAGGAGAGAAGAACCAGGUCAAACCCUGCAACACCAAACCCUGCGAUGAUGAUGGCUGUCCGGCGGGGCAGGAGUUUGUGUCGUGUGCUAAUGAGUGUCCUCAGCGCUGCUCAGAUCUGCAGCAGGGCAUCGAGUGCCAGAGAAACACUGAGUGUCAGCCGGGCUGCCGCUGCCCGCGAGGUCAGUUGCAACAGGACGGCGUGUGUGUUCAGACGUGGCAGUGUGACUGUCUGGAUGCGUUGGGUCAGAGCUGGGCCGCAGGCAGCACACAUCAGGUGGACUGCAACAACUGCAGCUGCGCAGACGGGCGGCUCACCUGCAGCAAUCACACCUGCGCAGGAGAGCAGAGCUGCACCUGGAGCUCCUGGUCCACCUGGGCCUCCUGCAGCUCCACCUGCGGCCCUGGACAGAGGACUCGAUUCAGAUCUCUGGUUCCUGAGGGUGAUGGUACAAACUGCCAGUUCGAGGAAGUCCAGCACAAACCAUGUGACCUUGGCGUGUGUCCCCCGCUGUGUGUCCAUGAUGAGCAGGAACUGACUGUCGGAGACACGUGGUUAGAAGGAGAAUGUAAACAAUGCACCUGCAUCCCUGAAGGAGACUAUUGUCAAGAUAUAGACUGUCGAGUGGACGGCGGAUGGACCCCGUGGUCCGUGUGGUCAGACUGUCCCGUGACGUGUGGGAAAGGUAAACAGAUCCGCACCCGCGCCUGUAUCAACCCUCCACCGCGAAACAACGGCACCGACUGCACUGGACCUGAGAGAGACACCCGGGGCUGUCACUCUGCACCUUGUCUUGAUGACCUUUGCCCCUGGUCCCCGUGGUCGUCCUGUUCACGCAGCUGCGGCGCAGGUGUGAUCUCCAGACGCCGUCAGUGUGUGUGUGAGGAGACAGGAGAUCACGCGUGUCCUCAGGACGUCCAGAGGGACGCAGAGGAGACGCAACUGUGUUAUAAGAGACCCUGUCCAGGCUGUCCCAUGUCUGAAUGGAGCGCGUGGAGCAACUGCUCCUGUGUGUCUCAGUAUCAGCAGAGGUUUCGUGCGCCGCUCAUCUCGGCCAGCGGUGGGCAGCACUGCACUGAUCUACAGAGACAGAGCCGGCCCUGCAAACCUGACAACUGCACAGAUUGUGAGAAACCCUUCCUGUUCUCUGAAUGUGGAUCUCCAUGUGAGAAACACUGUGAUCUGUUGGGUCAAACGCACUCGUGUUCAUCCCAGAACUGCACACCCGGCUGCUUCUGUCCGGAGGGUCUCCUGCAGCAGAACGGAUCAUGCGUCCGUCCGGAUCAGUGCGGGUGUGUCCAUCUCCUCCAUCAGGGCUCAGAAGGACCUGUGGCCGUCACUGUCCCGCAGGGGGCGCUGCUGACCGUAGGCUGCAGAACAUGUCUUUGUCAUGACGGCUCUCUGCAGUGUGAUUUACAGGAAUGUGAAGUGAUGGUCAGCGAGUGGUCAGAAUGGACCUCCUGCUCUCCAUGUAUCCCAGCAUCCUCCGGCGGGAACGCUUCGGGUCUGGUGUCGCUCCAGCGGCGCUUCCGGGCCUGUCUGGAUGUGGACUCCGGUCUGCCGGUCAGCGGGAGAGAGGGAGAGUGUGAUGAAGAGCUGGAGGAAGAGCGAAUCUGCUCGCAGUCUGACAUCUGCACCGAUGUGUGUCACUGGAGCUCAUGGAGCGGCUGGAGUGUGUGUAAAGAUCCCUGCAGCGGAGGAUACCGGCAGAGAGAGCGCCGACCUCUGACCUCUGACCCCGGACCACACUGCAGGAACCUACAGACGCAGUCUCAGAGCUGCAACACUGGCCUCUGUCCCGGUGAGCAUUGUGAGGACAGGGGGCGGGUCUAUGAGGACUCCUGUGCCAAUCAGUGUCCCCGCAGCUGCACUGACCUGUGGGAUCACGUCCAGUGUCUGCAGGGCACCUGUCAUCCAGGCUGCCGCUGUCCAGACGGCCGGCUCUUGCAGGACGGAGGGUGUGUGCGGCUGGACGAGUGUCGCUGUGGGCUUCCGCUGGAGAACGGGACGCUGGAGAUCCGACCCGGAGAGAACAUCACCGUCAGCUGCAACACCUGUGUGUGUGUAAAUGGCUCUCUGGUGUGUACGGAUCACGCGUGUCCGGUCUACGGUCCGUGGGGAUCGUGGAGUGAGUGUUCGGUGUCGUGCGGGACGGGACAGAGGACACGCAGACGCUCCUGCAAACACACAACCGGAGGACCGACCUGCGCCGACACCAUCCAGAGUGAAAGCUGCUCACUGCCGCCCUGUCCAGCCGGCUGUGUGGUGAGCGAGUGGUCAGCCUGGACUGACUGCAGCGCCUCCUGUGGUGGAGGAGUGUCACUGCGCAGGAAGACGGUCCUACAGGAGCCAGAGCCCGGGGGUCUGAGCUGCACCGGGCCCCUGGAACAACACACCGCAUGCAACACCAACAGCUGCCUGCCUGAUUGUCCUGCUGGUCAGGUGUUCAGCUCAUGUGCAGGAUCCUGUCCAUACAGCUGUGAGGAUCUGUGGCCCCAAAAUCAGUGUGUGCCGCUGACCUGCAGUCCUGGGUGCAGCUGCCCGCCUGGAGCCGUGAUGCUGAACGGAAGCUGCGUUCCUCAAUCCCAGUGUCCUUGCUCUGUGGUCUCGCUCCUGUCGGUGUCCCACAACCUCACCCUGGACCUCCAGGAACAGGAAGUUCCUGCUGGUACCGUCAUUCCAGACUCCUGCAACUCAUGUGUCUGUGAAGGUGGGAUCUUUACCUGCACUAAUGAGUCAUGUGACGUGGACUGUGAGUGGAGCGGCUGGUCAGCGUGGAGCUCUUGUUCAGCGUCCUGCGGAUCUGGACAGCAGUUCUCCAGCCGGACGAUAUGGCGCCAGCGGCAGUACGGAGGACGGGAGUGUGAGGGGCCGUCACACACAUCACGAGUCUGCAGGGGCCCCGAAUGUGAGUGUCCAGAGGAUGAGCGUUGGCUCUGGAGUGAGUCCGGAUUGGGGCGAGUGUGUGAGAGGGGGUGUUUGGACCUGUAUGGCCCUGAACCGCUCAACUGCACGGGCCCCGGGGCCACAGAGGGCUGUGUGUGUGAGGAGGGCCUUUAUCGGAGCCUGGAGGGCCGGUGUGUGAUUCCAGCACUGUGUCAGUGUGAAGAGGAAGACGGGACGCUUCGAGAGCCAGGGUCCGAGUGGGUGGAUGGCUGUCAGUCAUGUCGCUGUAUCAAUGGCCAGAAACACUGUCAAUCAAAUUGUCCUCCCCUUCACUGCUCUGAGGGUGAAGUGAAGGUGUUGGAAGCGGAGAGCUGCUGUCCCGUGUGCCGCAGAGAGUUUCCAGAGGAUCCGGUUGCCGAGUGCCGUCGUUACACUGAGGUCAGGAACAUCACCAAGGGCGACUGUCGCCUGGACAACGUGGAGGUCAGCUUCUGCAGAGGGCGCUGUUUGUCCCGGACCGAUGUCAUUCUGGAGGAGCCGUAUCUGCAGGCGUUCUGUGACUGCUGCAGCUACAGGCUGGACCCGCAGAACCCCGUGCGCUUCCUCAGCCUGCGGUGCGCCAGCGGAGACGUCGAGCCCGUCGUUCUGCCCGUCAUUCACAGCUGCGAGUGCACCAGCUGCCAGGGUGGAGACCUGUCGAGACGUUGAAUGGCCACUGAUGAAUGGACAGAUGCUGCGUCCUCUUAUUCGUCAAGUGUUCUUCAUGUAGCUUGUCAUUAUAUGACUGAAUCUUUUCUAUUCAAUAUUUCCUAAAGCUCUACGAGAUCUACAUUCUGUACAGCCUUUAAAUUAUGUU